AUGCGCGCUUUGCAUAUAUUUACAUUCGCAAUUGCAAUUUUUCUAUCUGUUGAUGCAUUACCCCAUGACAAACCUAAUGUGCAUACAAUUCCGCUAAAGUCGAAAUCAAUCACUCGUCGCAGGUAUUCCAGACGAGCAAUUGGAUCCAUGCCUGUAGACCGUGAACAACCAGAUGUUGCUUAUUUUGGACAAAUUACCUUUGGCACGGGAACCCCACAGAAUUUUGAUAUACAGUUUGAUACAGGAUCAGGCGAUUUAUUUGUUAUUGGUAAAAAUUGUGAUUCACCUGCAUGCGAUGAUAUACUUAAAUAUGAUUCAGACCUUGAUACAUCUUUCAGUCCAAUCGAUGGAAAAGAAUUCUCA